UUUGUUUCUGCCCUGAUGGCCAUUGAAAGAUGUAGAAGUCAGACACUGGCUGAAUCUGAGCCAGUGGUCAUCAGUCCUGGAAGGUCUCACAAACUGACCUGCACAGUCUCUGGGUUCACAUUCAGUAACUACUACAUGGCUUGGGUCAGACAGGCUCCUGGGAAAGGGCUGGAAUGGGUGGCAACUGAUACUACUGGUACUCCAUAUUAUUCAAGUUCUGUUCAAGGAAGAUUCACCGUUUCCAGAGACGACGGCAGGAAGCAUCUCUAUCUGCAGAUGAACAAUCUGAAGCCUGAAGACACAGCUGUGUAUUACUGUGCCCGAGAGACUUUCUGGGGACUUCACCACUGUGACGGUGCAUUUGACUACUGGGGAAAAGGCACAACAGUUACGGUUUCAUCUGGAGCCCCAGAGGUGCCGACAUCCAUCUUCGCACUGUCACAGUGUGGUUCUGACAGUGAAUUCGUCACUCUUGGUUGCGUUAUGUCCGGAUUCUCGCCAGCCGACUCAAAGAAGUAUUUAUGGAAAGACGCAAGUGGAACAGACCUUACUGAUUUCAUACAGUACCCAGACAUCCUUAAAGAUGGAAAGUACUCCAAGAUCAGCCAGAUUCGCGUCAAGGCAGCAGACUGGGAAGCAAAGAAAGAUUUCACCUGUGAAGUGGUCGGCACCGACAAGAAGGCUGUAAUAGCUAAGCCAGAAGAAAUCCUGCAAAUUCCAACUCUGUAUUUAAUGAAACCUACGAGCGAAGAGAUAAACCAAAAUAAUACUGCUACAUUUGCCUGCUUAGCUACUGACUUUUCUCCACCUGUCCACACAUUUAAAUGGAUGAAAGAAGUAGGCAGUGAAGAGACGGUAAUCACCGGUUCAUACAGUUUCACCUCCCCAGCAAAUGGCAAUAACUCUGCUACCAGCUACCUCCAAAUCCCAGGGAAUGAAUGGGAAACCUCGGGCACAAAAAUUACAUGUGUCUUUGAGCAUAAGUCUGGAAACAAAACUAGAUCAGUGGAAUAUCGCUUCAGCGAUGAUCCCUGUGAUGACGAAAAGGCUGUAGAGGUUGAAAUCAUGCCUCCCUCUACUGAAGAUCUGCUUGUUCGUAAAGAGGGGUGGGUUCAGUGCAAAAUUACUAAACAGAUUCAGGGCGUAAAUAAAGAUUACUUGGAAUGGAGGAAAGAUGGAAAAGCAGCUGUGUUGGAUAAGAAGACUGACCUCAAGGAGGAUGGCAGCAGCAUCACUAUGAAGCUGAAAGUCACAUUUGAAGAAUGGGAGAAUGGUACAAAGUUCAGCUGUUUUGUCCCUCAUGAGAAUAUUCCUUCAGGAAUAAUAAAGUCCUACAAACGAGAAAAUGGGAAACGUCACAAAAAGCCCUCCGUCUUUCUAAUGCCUCCUCCUGAGCAUGAGCAUAAGAACAUGAACAUGACCCUGAGCAUGACCCUCACUUGCUAUGCCAAAGAUUUCUACCCCAAAGAGGUGUUUGUGUCUUGGCUUGCUAAUGAUGAGCCAUUGGAUAAGUCCAAACAGACCGAUGUCAUAAAUAAUGAUGGCGAAUAUUCGGUGUACAGCCAGCUCACCAUCACUCAAUUACAAUGGCAGCAAGGAGUGGUGUUUAGCUGCGUGGUGUACCAUGAAUCCAGCGAUGCCACCGUCCGAAUGAUUACGAGGUCCAUUGACAUAACCUCCCAGAAACCGAACGUAGUCAGUCUGAGCAUGAAUGUCCCACAGUGCAGAAGCGACAUCUGCAUUGUGUGGACAGAUUAUCAAAGCUAUGGCAUGGAUGGUGAUGGCAUGGCAAACACUGCCUUCACCUUCAUCUUCCUCUUCCUCAUUAUGCUCUUUUACAGUGUUGGAGCUACCGUCAUCAAGAAAUAUUUUGGAUGUAUUGAUGUAUUCAUGGGUGUUUGCUUUCCAGAGGAGGUGCUAAACCCUGCCAGACUCUACGUAAUGAUCCCAUCCGAGGUAGAGCGUUUCAACAAGACGUCUACCUUUGUCUGCCUUGCCCGGGAAUUUUCCCCCUUCGAGCACAGAUUUCACUGGAAGCACAAUGGAGUUUCCAUUCAGGAGGAAGGCAGCUGCAACCAGCAAGGCUCGAAGGCUAACAACUCCGCUAGCAGCUACCUGGUCAUCAGCGAUGAGCGUUGGGCGAAGGGCGACAAAAUUACAUGUCUGUUUAUACAUAAGGCUGGGGACCAGUUGGUAGAAGUGCCACGUCAAAGAACAGACCAGCCCAAUGCUGUUCUUCAACCUCCACUGUGGAUGGGAAAGGAUGGAGGCUCCAAGGCCCAACUACUGUGUGCUGCUGAGGGUGUCGACAUGGAGGACCUUGAUGUGGAAUGGGUUGUAGAUGGCAAGCGCCAGGCUGCGCCCAAGCCACUUGGCCAGAUUAGUCAACUGGAGUUUGACAUCAACCUGUGGAACAAAGGCAGCAACUACACCUGUAGGAUGAAGCCAAAAGUGCUGGGAUCAAACUGGACUGAAAAAAGCAUCCAAGUGUGUUCAGACGGUCACUUCCUGGCUCCUCACGUCCAGCUGGAGAGGCCGCAUCUCAGAGACGUUACCACGACCGGCAAGGUCAUCGUGACGUGCAAAGUUACGGCGGCUAGCGGCAGCCGAGUGUCCUGGUGGGUGAAUGACAAACAGGAGACGUCGGACAUCAAUAAUAAGGCCGAGUCUGGUGGCAGGCUGACCAGUAACCUCACGCUCACCGUGAAGAGCCCACAGGAGGUCAAGUGCAAAGUGGAGCACCCGUGCUACCCAACUGAGGCAGCCAUUAUCAUCAUGCCAGAGCCUGCCAAACAAAACCCAACAGUGACCAUCAGAAGACCCUUAGAGGACCGGCAGAAAGAUAAUGGGACAGUGCUGGAGUGCCUCCUAGGAGACAUAUCUUCCCGUGAGGUCUUGGUGACCCUCCAGGCUAAUGGGAAGGACCUCCCAAAGUCUGAGUAUGUUGACAUCCCCAUCCAGAAAGACCAGCAUAGCCUGACUUCUGUGCGAUUCACCAUUCCUGAAGACCAGAGAAGUGUCAACAAAACUUUUGCAUGUAAAGUCAUUCAUGACUUGGCAAAGAACACGAAGAUCUCCAGUGACACAGGAAAUCUUUUUGCUCCGCCAACACUGGAGUUGUUCCUGGCCCCUUGGUUCAGUUCUACGAAGCUGGUGUGCGUCGCGUCAGGCUUCAACCCGCAGCUGAAAUGGAACGUCACCAAACUGAAUGUGAACAGCAAGGUUUCCAUGGAAGACAACGGUCGCCUCACUGUCAUCAGCAAGAUCAUCGUCCCACACAGAGAGUGGUACAAAGGCACAACGUUUCCCUGCGAGGUUGAAGACCACAACCAAAAUCAUGCAAAAAAAAAGAUCAUAAGUAUCUGCUCAGUGUCUCCACACAUGUGUGCGGAGGUUUACAUCAUUGGACCCCCCCUCAACAGCACGGCCAACAACAAUGUGCCGCUCACUUGCCUGGUGGUCGGUUUCAACAUCUCAGACCUGCCCAUCGUUUGGAGGGCCGGUGGGGUUGUCACCCCCGAGGGGGUCACAGGACCGAUUGUGUCUGAAAACGACAACGGGACCCAGAGCGUGCGCAGCGUGUUGAGCCUGCCGGCCAGCACGUGGCAUGACCACACAAACAUCUCGUGUGAGGUCAGGAGGGCUUGUGACCCUAAUGCACUGGUGAGACACAUCUCAAAAGCAAAAGACAUGCGCCAGCCAACUGUGAAGAUUGUGAGGCCCUCCGAUGCCGAACUCGUCCACACCAAUGGCUCCGGCCUGCUGUGCGUGGUCACCGGCUUCUUGCCGGCCAAUGUGCUCGUCCACUGGGAGGUCAACGGCACGCAGCUGCCUACCUCUCGGUACACCAACGGCCCUGUGAGCAGCAGCGGCGAGGCUGGAACGUACGCCACGUCCAGCAGCCUUCCGCUGCCGCCAUCACAGGAGCGGCACGAGGGCUCUUACACGUGUGUGGUCAGACAUGAGUCCUCCACAGAGCCCACCUCAGCCACGGUGGAAAACCUGUUUGCCUCAGUGGAACUCUCUAAGCCUACGGUCACCUUGCUGCAGGGGUCAUCCGAGCUGGUGUGUCUGGUGUUUGGCUACAGCCCCGAGUCCAUCAACAUCACCUGGCUAAAGAACGGAGUCAGCAUGGAGGCUGCAAACCAGCAAACCACUAAUCCAUCCAAAGGACCAGACGGAAAGUUCAGCGUCCACAGCCACCUCAACCUGUCGUCUGGAGACUGGGACAGUCGGGUGAAGUUCACCUGCAACGUCACUCACAUCACAAGCUCACUGUCUGUUAGCACUUCCAAACCAGAGCCAAAGGAAGAAGUUCUUUUUAUUGACGACAACAUGGCUGACGCUGUUCCUGAGGACACUUUGGCAGAAACAAUGAACAUGGCCUGGGCAUUCCUCUUCCUCUUCCUCUUCUGCCUCCUCUACAGCUGUCUUGUCACUCUGAUCAAGGUGAAAUGAAAUAAAAGAAAAGGCUUCACCCCAGAGAGUCAUCUCCAACUGACAUGCAAGGAUGGAAAUAUAAUGUAUUGCCUUUACACAUCUCCUUUGCAAAUUGAAUUGGUUACAUGUUUUCUGUUGAAGAGUAUAUGUAUUUUAAAAGCAUUUUCCAUGUACCUUUUUUUUUGUUUGUAUUUUGUAUGUUAUUGUUAUUAUUGUUAUACUUUUAGGGCUCACUUG